AUGCCAUUCUCAUCGGCUGCUCCACCCACCCGUAUAUCUUCUACCACCCCUCUCGCCUCAUCCACCUCGCCCACUCUCCCCCUUCUCCUCACUCGCCCGCUCCACACGGAGCACCGCUGGCAGCCAAGGAAAAACAACAUGAGCGUCAGCCUUCAUUCCCUCGCAGACGCUGCUCUCGCCGACGCCUCAGAGCGCCCCUCUGGCCACUCUCGCUCGCGUUCGUCGUUUGCGCUGCCUCCCAUCGCUGCUCUGCUCAACCCUAUUACCGACUCCCAGAGCAGAGUUGCUCGUUCGCGCCCACAGACGCCCACUCAACAGCCUCUGGUCAAGGGGUGGUCUCCUACUACGCCGUCGUCACAGCCUCGCCCUUCCCAGGCCCCCGCCGAGCAACCUGUCCAAGCGGCCCCUAUCCAGGUCCCGGUUGAACAGGCCCAAGUGUCGUUCGAAUACAACGUCCGCCGGUACAAGCGCGGUGAGCGCCCAAGCCAGCCCCCUGCCCAGACGACUCGCCGUCACACGGCCCCUGUCGUUCCUACCACUGCCACUUGCCGUACCGAUGUGUCAUGCAACGAUACAGCCCAGAACCGCGGCCCAUCGUCAGCAAAAGGAAAAGAGUAUCAUCCCCUUCAAGGUGUACAGCUCGACAAGCAUCACCCAGAGCUCUCUAUCCAUGGCUGGCACGAAGACGCUCGACGUCUGCUCCAGCCCCCCCGGGCAUUUUCGCCUUCGUACCCCCAGCGUGGCCCGUCCGAGAACGCUGUGCAAAGGUCAGUGAGCCAGGGUCCGUAUCCUUCCACACCUGUCGAAUCUGGUGUGCAAGUCCAUGUACAGCAUCCUCGCCCUUGUUGGCCCGAGCCGCUUCCUCAGCUCCCCUACACGUACGUCCCGUACCACCCAUAUCAACAAAUGCCUCACCAUGUCCCCAUCAUUGCCGAGCCGCAACCACGCCACCGUCAGAGGUCGUACAGGUUCAUAUCGCAAAACGAAGAGCUGGCCAAUGCUGCGAGGGCGGGGCAUCUGCAGGCGUCUGCUUCCCAGUCAUGUUUUGGUAUUGAAGGGCCAGCCAAGAGACAGGACCAAAGGAAGAAAGUAUCGGCGUCUGCUCCCGUCAGCCCAAGGAGCAAGGAGCGGCCUCCCUUGGCUACUGCAGCUUCUAGUGUCCCUAUCACGCCCGUCUCGAGCCAUGAGCAGCGGAGCAACAGGUGGACGAGGCACGCAAGCCCUCGCAACAGCUACCCCAUUCGCCCCGUCUCUCCUGCCCAGUCUACCUUGUCCAACGCUAGCACCAUCCUUCCCAUUGACGGGGAGCCUGGGCUUGACAUGUCCUCCGCCACUUCUUCCUCGGGCAGUGAGCCUUUCGAUGGUACGGACAUGGACCAUGAAGAGUCGGAUAGUGAUGACGACAGUGAUGCGAGGGAUAUGGGAGGCAAGCGAAAGCGUGCAUUGCAGAAGAUGACUUCGCCUACCGACUCUACUUUCUCCUCGCCUGCCAAGCGCCUGCUUGACUCGUCCCAGCAGGGGUCCACCCCCACCUCGUCAACGUUCCAAGACUGUUCGCCCGAGAGCCUGGCCAAGCGCCAGCGUACGUCGAGGACUGGUCACUUGUAUGGUGGCGCGAUGGGGACCGAUGGGAAACCUGUCAAGAGGUCGCAGGGGAGGAACAAGGAGAAGAGGAGGGAGCAGAACGCCGUGGCGCAGAAAAAGUUCAGGUGGAAAAAGAAGCAGUUGACUGAAAAAAUGGCCACAGACUUGGAAAGUGCCAAUGCUACGAUCAAAGACCUCGAGCAGCGCUUGGAAGAUUCGCAAGGUCUUGUCAAUAAACUCCAGUCAGAGCUUCACGUCUCUCAAAAAACAGCCGAGGGGUGCGCGUAG